UUUCUACUGUAAUCUACUCUUAUCGAUUUCAAUAACAUUAACAAAUAUCUACCGUAAUCUACUCUUAUUCAUAUCAUCAGUUUCCAUCAGCAAUGACAAAACCUCGAGAGGGUGCAAGGCUUUGGCUGAUUGGCUUCCUCCUUUUCUGAGGGAGUAUUCUGACGACGAGAUCGCGGCUCGCGUUGUGAUCAGUGAGAUACUGAGUAACCCUCCUGUGAUUUCCAAGAUUGCGUUUAUGUUCUUGACUCCUGGUGCGUUGGCUUUCGAGAGGCUGUGGGACAGGUUCUUCCAGGGCCAUGAAGGGAAGUUCUCUGUUUAUAUACAUGCAUCAAAGGAGAGGCCUGUUCACUACAGUCGUUACUUUAUCAGCCGUGAGAUUCACAGUGAUGAGGUGGUGUGGGGAAGAAAAUCAAUGGUUGAUGCAGAGAGACGAUUGUUGGCUAAUGCUCUUAGAGACCCUACAAACCAGCAAUUUGUUUUACUCUCUAAUAGUUGUGUACCCCCUUCGAAGUUUUGAAUACAUUUACAACUACCUCAGCUAUGCUGACUGCUUUGACGACCCAGGUCAACAUGGAUCAGGCAGGCAUAUGAUCACAUGAUGCCUGGAAUUCAUAAGAAGGAUUUUUCGAAAGGGUAACACGUUAUAAGUACGUAUC